AUGACAAUCAAUCAUGUCUUUCUUUGGGGCUCUCCUGCCAAGUUUCAGUCUCUUCGGGCGUUCUAUCGUGCCGUCCUACAGCCAGUUGGCUAUAAUGAGAUGAUCAGAGUAAACGACGAAUGUCUUAUCGGAUAUGGUAGUGACUAUCCCUACUUUUGGCUUAAGCAAUUGCCUGCGGAUAAGACCACGAUGCCAACACACAUUGCCUUUGAUGCGCCAAGCCGCGAUGCUGUGGACCGUUUCUAUGAACUUGCGUUACAACAUGGAGGUCGUGAUAAUGGAGCACCGGGGAUUCGGGAGGAAAUGAGUCGACAGCCUUAUUAUGCAGCUUUUAUCCUGGACUUGCAUGGGAAUAAUGUCGAAGCUGUGUAUGUCCCAAAGUGA